AUUCAUUCAUUCAUUGAAUCAUGUCAUGAGUGUUGAUUAAACAACAUUCAUUUAAUAAUAAUUUGACCAUGAUGGAACAUUCUGGCAAACCACGACAACAACCGCCACCGCUACCGCCAUCAUCAUCAACACAACAACAACAACAACAGCAGCAGCCAACAAAACCACGUAAACAUUCAACAAUAUCGAUAUUAUCAUCGGCAUCAUCACCUUUAUCAUCAAUGAUGUUACAGAUUGAUCCACGUUUAAUACCGAAAAGUUUAUUUAAAUUUCACAAGGCUGGAACGGAUGAUGAAAAAAUGGCAAUGCUUGAACGAUUCAAAAAUGAAGGAAUUGAUCCGAAAAAAUUGAAUGAUUCAAAAAAAUUACCACAUGUAUGGCGAUGGCUAGUAGAUGCUGAAAUCAAUUGUCAAUCAUUACGACAUCAAUUGGAAAAGAUGCGCAUACAACAUGAACAAGAGCUACAGGAAGUUGAACAUUAUGUUGGCCAUGUCUGGAAAUUAUCCAUGGAACGUUUGGAAACUUUACAGGAAGAAAAUGGAUUCCUACAUUCUAAACUUUUACAACAACAGCAGCAGCAACAACAGCAGCAACAACAACAACAUUCAAAUAGCAAUAAUAACAAUGAACAAUUAAAUCAUGAAGAUGAUGAUGACGGUGAUAAUGAUGAUGAUGAUGAAGAUUCAAAUGAUUUUUUUGCUAAAUAUCUUCGCCGUCAUGGUGGUUCCAAAAAACUAGUCAAUAAAAAUUCAAAACUUCAAUGUUCAUCAAGAACGAUGAUUUUAGGUGAUCAUCAUCAGAUGAUGACACAUUCACAUUCAACAUUAUCGUUUUUUGAUUGCCAUAAUUUAAAUGUGAUUAAUGAUGAUCAUAAUUUCUCAAGACGUCCAAGUCGUAGUUGUAUUGAUCUUGUCCAUUCUUUAUGCCAAAAUGAUAAUGAUGAUGAUUCUGGAAAAGAAUCGAACAAAAAUAAUGAUUGUAUUGGCUGCCAAAAAGCCAAUACACAAUUGAUCAGUUAUGAAAAUCGUAUCAAUGAUCUGCAACAACAAUUAUUUGAUCUAGAGGAAAAUAAUUCUGUAUUGAAAAAAUUGAAUCGUUGUAUUGAAAUUGAAAAUGAAAAUUUUGCCUAUAAACUUGCUGAAACAGAAUCUCAAAGUAAUCAAUUGGAACAACGAAUUUUAAUGUUAGAACAAGAGCUUAAAAUAAAUAACCAAAAAAGGUCUCGACCAAAUUCAUCAUCAUCAUCAUCAUCAUCUUCGGAUCCAAGUCAAUUGAAUCUAGUCGUUCGUGAACAAAAACGAUUAAUCGAUGAGUUAAAUGAAAAAACAAAAAGAUUGGAAGAAUCUUUAGAUGCUAAACGUUUAGAAUUGGAACAAAUGGAACAUAAUCUAUCCAGGCUACAACAGCAACAGCAGCAACCAGCAAAAGAAUCUAAUAGUUUAAAUUUUUCAUCAUCUUCAUGGCUAUUUCGAAAAAAUGAUCCUAAUAAUAAUCCUAAUCCUCAUCAUUCCACAAAUACAAAAGAAAUUGUUGUCCAACAUAGACAUACAUCCGAUUAUUAUGGAUCAAGUGAUGGUUUUGAAGAAAUUAAAUUGUGAUUCAUUCCUUUAUUCUCUACCUCUCUUAUUCCCUUUUUAUCGAAAAUGUAUUUUAAAUGAAGAAGAAAAAUUAAAAUUUUAUUUUAUUUUUUCUAUA